AAGGAAAGCCCUAGGGGAUCAACUUUGCAUUCCUGCUUAUAAUUGUAGUUCGCUAAACCCUAGCAGAUCAUUCUAGGGUUUUUGACUUGGACUAUCGUCGCUCUCAAACCGAACCAGAUUGUUACCAAUUGAACUAGGGCUAGAAACUAGUUACAAUGUAUCUUCAGUUUUACAUAAACGAGAACGGCGACAAAGUCUACACAACCAAGAAAGAAUCACCGCUGGGAUUGGCAACCCAAUCCGCACAUCCAGCUCGCUUUUCUCCGGAUGACAAGUACUCUAGGCAAAGAGUUCUCCUGAAGAAGAGAUUUGGGUUGUUGCCAACCCAGCAGCCGCCACCCAAGUACUGAAAUCGUGAUUAGGCUUGAACAUUUAUGGCUUGCAUUGUUUAGAAGCAUUUAUGAAUAUGGAUAUUUCCUAUCGCAUGCCAAAGUGUUAUAAAGUAUUUCUGUCAUGUGGCCGAACUUGGUAUGUCUGCCCAUACUGCUGCUAAGAAUAUUCUGCUAGGAGUCUUGAAUUGGUUCCCUCUAAUAUUCUGCUGCUAUGAAUAUUCUGCUAGGAGUCUUGAAUUGUUUGCUUUGGUUGUAAUUUUUGUAUCCAUCUUGCGGGGUUUUUCUUUUGGUUGUAA